AUGACUCAAGUUCAGGUCAGGCAAGGUGGGGGGUCAACAAAUUUUGCAGAGUUGUUCAUCGAGCGCUUCUGUAUGACCGGGGGAAACAGCCCCGUGGGCUUCUUGAAGGCCUACCACACCAACCUGUACCUGUCGUCUGACCCAGGCAAGGUUGAUGCUCUGAAUGAACCAGGUAUAGCGGCAGCCACCAUGUUCACCCCGGAGAAGAUGACGGAAGUGUCGGAGACUCAGCUGAGAGUCGCCUUCGACGGUGAUGGAGUCCUCUUCUCUGAUGAGUCGGAGCGCGUUUUCAAGGCCCAUGGACUGGACAAGUUCCUUGAACAUGAGAAGGCCCACAAGAACGAGCCUAUGAACCAUGGGCCACUGAAGGGUUUCCUCGAGGCUUUCGGAAAACUGCAGAAGAAAUUUGAUGGCAAGGGCCAGCGCAUGGACUGCCCCAUCCGGACAUACCUGGUGACGGCUCGCGGUGCCGCCAGCUCCGGUAUCCGAGUCCUAAAAACGCUGAGCUCAUGGGGCCUGGAGAUCGACAAGGCUCUCUUUCUGGCAGGGACACCCAAGGGCCCCAUGCUGGAGAAGAUCAGGCCACAUAUUUUCUUUGAUGACCAAAUGAUUCAUGUGAAGGGGGCUGCGGAAAUGGGGACGGUGGCAUGCCACGUGCCCUACGGGAAAGCUAAUGAGAGCAAGAAAGGAGUGAUGGGCAAAGAGACAUCUUCAGACUAG